AUGGCACCUCAAGAGAUCCCGGGGUUCUACUACGAUCCCGAGAAAAAGAAGUACUUUCAGAUUCAAGCGAAUCAUGUCGCACCUCCAGGAGCAUCAUAUUCCAAUGACGGGAUCAAAAGAAGAAGGACCGAAGAAAAAAAAGAAAUUGAGCGAGAACAGCUCACUCAACGCAUCCAGAACGAGAAAGUAAGCAAAGAAGGUAUUUUUCGUCAUCCAUUGAUCAAUGGAGAGAGGGAGAUCGGAUCCCAGGCCUUUUCACCUACAGCCAUACAAGACCAGCAGGCCCGAGCCUUUGCAAGUCAACUUCGUCGAACGAAGCUGUGCAAGCUAAAGGGCUGGGAUUUUGACCUGUCCAUUAAGUCUUUGGUCCAGAAUCCUUGGACAGGAGAUGUUUUUACAGCUGGACAAGACGGCUCUCGUGGGGUCCUUUUCACAACAUGCGCAGAUAAGGACUUCGAAAGGCGGACCUUUGAGCAAGGCCGUCUAUUCCUUACCAUGGAAUCCACUAUCUCCUCACUCUCCCUAAGCUCCGCAGGAUAUAUCCUGAUAACAACAGAGAGCCUGAGUGGAGAUUCAUGGCUGAUCCCCCACAGAAUUGAGGAGAACGGAGACUUAGAAGUCAAUGAGCAAUCUGGUCAUGCCGUACCAACAGCAGCUGCCAAGGUUCAGUCAACGCUAUUCUGUUCCGCAGCCUGUCCCACAAAAGAAAAGGCUCUAUUUGCUGUCGGCACCUCAGAGGGUCUUCACACUCUUAAUGGAUCGCGUGACCGAUGGUCAUACUCAGACAUACCAUUCCCCCAAGAAGGAGUGCAGAAAUUUAACCGGAAACCCGAUAGCUCGCAUGCAUGCGUCACAGCUGUUGACUGGCUUUCCACGAAUGUCAUCGCAGCGGGCCUACGGGACUCGACGGUAUUCUUGCACGACCUGCGCAGUAAAAGCAGUGCUGCACGGCUACAACACCCACACACCGUUUCGAAGCUUCUCAAAGUCGACGAGCACCGGAUUAUGGUAGCAGGACAUGAAAUUCUGCAAUUGUACGAUGUUCGUUUUGCCCCAAAUGGCUUGCAGCGCAGACCAAAUCCGAUCGCCAAAACCCACACUGCAACUCGGCCAUGCCUUACCUUCCAAGGCUACUCACCGGCUGCAGUGCCGCAGAUGGACAUCAGCUCUGAGCUGGGCCUUCUUGCGAGUGGCUCGGAGAAUGGGAAGGUGCAGCUAUUCUCGUUGAAGACAGGGACAGAAGUGGCCUCCCCGUUCAGGGAUCAUGACUACUCGCACCCUAUUGAGGCUCUGCUUUUUAGCAAUGCUCAUGAGCUCUCUGCGGGUGGUUCAGGGGUACCGAGCCUUUUAAUUGGCUCGAACAAGAGGAUUGAUGAGUGGAAGUGGUGA